AUGGCGAAGAAAGUAGAAUUCCCACCAGUGCGCGCCUGCAUCUUCGACAUGGACGGCCUCCUAAUCGACUCCGAAGACGCCUACACGCUCGUUACGAACACUAUCCUGAACGAAAAUGGCCGCCCCAACAUACCGUGGACCAUCAAAGCACAAUUACAAGGCCGGCCGGGUCCCGCGGCAGGCAAGAUCUUUCGCGCGUGGGCGAAGCUGCCCAUUUCCGAGGAGCAGUUCAUGCAGCGGCAGAAAGAGCUGCAGGCGGAGGCGUUCACAAAGUGCAAACCAUUACCUGGCGCGCCGGAGCUGCUUGCAAGGUUAGAGAAGGCGCAUACAAAGAUACCUAGUUUCGGGCGGAGUCCGGCUGGAGGAGGCAAGAAGGUGCGCUUGGCGCUGGCGACGAGUAGUCAUGGCAGGAAUUAUGAUAUCAAGACUGCGCAUAUGAAGCCUUUGUUCAGAGUGUUUCCCGCUAGGCUACGGGUAGUGGGUGAUGACCCGAGGGUGCCAAAGGGGAGAGGCAAGCCGUUGCCGGAUAUCUACCUGUUGGCUCUGCAGUGUAUCAAUGAGCGAAUCGAUGCUGAGGGUUCGGGAGAGAGGCACGUGGAGCCAGAGGAAUGUCUGGUGUUCGAGGACAGCGUGCCGGGUGUGGAGGCAGGCAGGAGAGCUGGUAUGCGGGUCGUCUGGGUACCUCAUCCGGGCUUGCUGGAUGUGUACAAGGACAGAGUCGGAGAAGUACUGGCAGGAAGGACAGGCGAGCACAAGGACGAUGACCUGGACUCUACAUCUGGCCAGCCACUGAAGGGAAGUCCAGGUGAAGUUGGCGAGAUCGACGAUGGGUGGGCGGAGAGGCUGGAAUCGCUAGAGCAAUUCGACUACCAAAAGUACGGCAUAGAUGAGACGGAGCUGAGAUUUACGAGUGAGAGUGGGCAGCCUGCAACGCCAGGCACGACCGACAAAGAGUUGGAAGAGAUGACGGCUAUGGCGGACGGCAAGGUACAUUCGAUUGCUGAAGGAACUCCAUUGACUUCGCCUGUCCCGGGCUUGAAAGAGAGUAAAGUGUAG